CGCCGCAAAUGUAAUAAAGAAAAAACACAAUCGGCUUCUCGUAAACAAUUUGCUGAAUAAAAUGGAAACAAUAUUAAAUACGCAGUUCGAGCAGCUGCAAAAGGCCAUCGAGGGGAUAAUGGAGGCGAAGAGCAAGGGGCAAUCCUCCGAUGAGGGACGCACUGCAGCCACCCUGAUGUUUGUGGCUCUGAAGCACGCCAACCGCGAGGUGAAGCACAAGAUCAAGGCUGGCCGGGAUAAGCUGCACCUGGAGAAGUGCAAGGUGGACCUCAGCCGGCUGCAGCUGCAGAAUCUGCUCUACGAAGUGAGCCACCUGAAGAAGGAGAUCGUUCGCUGCCAGAAGUUCAAGAGCAGGGACACCAAUCUGGAGCUUCUCUCGGAGACCGAGUACGCCAGCAAGUUGCCCGGAAUGGAGAACGACAAGGGGGAGUUGUCCAGCCACAAGCAGCACCUUCAUCGCCUCGACUGCGAGCUGCGUUUGCGCAAGGAUCUGGACAAGCAGUACAGCGCUCUGCUGACCUCCAAGCAGGAACUGCUCCAGGACAAUCUCAGCCACGCCCAGCGGUACAUCUCCUUUGCCCCAGCCCUGCGCACCUUGCAGGGCGCCACCAAGCCGCUGCACGAUGCCCUUCAGCUGUCGCUCGACGUGGAGUGGAAGCUGAGCGCCGUGGUCAAGUACCUGCCGAAGCCCCUGUACAUUCUGUUCAUUAUCCUGCAAUCCCUGCAACGGGCCAGCGAGACUCAGCCCUUCACCGCCGAGGUGGUGGGCUACGAGAGCGAGGCCCAAAUGCAGGAGCUGCUGAAGGAGAAGCAGUACGCAACCUUGCACCGUGGACAGAAUGACAAGGAAGCUGCAGUGGAGAACGGCUUGGAAGACGCACUCGCUCCGAAUCCACUACACAUUCGCAUGACCAUUGGAGCCGCCGGAGCGAAUCAGCUCAUCUUGCAGAUUCGUUAUUUCGAAUUGAUUAAAUGUGCCACUGUCUGGGGCCAGCUAAACUACGCCAGCAAUGCAAACGGCCAGGGUGAUACAAACUUUGUGCACCACCUUCUGCGUCAUUUGUACGCCAAUGAUUUGGGCAAUGAAAUACCCAUUCCUGGAAUUCAAUACGAGCUGCGAAACUCGGAUUUAACCUCUGAAGAAUGUGUGCGUUAUUUGAAGGCCAAAGACUUUGGAAAACCUUUCUGUUGGCUGCAAACCAUGUGUUCGAUUCCAACUGUCAACACUUCUAUGCUGUACAAUCACGAACUAAACUUGAACAAGAACACCCGGGAGAUUAUCGAUCGCAUUGCCAGGCGCUGGAACUCCUGGAUGCGUUUGAGCCAGCAGAUUCGUGGUCUGACGUACAAGGACAUUGAUUUGUAUACCCUCAAGGAGAACAUCUAUCCAGCUGGACUGUCUUGCAGCCUUGUCCAAUGGACUGCCAUAACACACGAAGAAUUUCAUUCGCAAAUUUCAGACAUAUUGAAUAUUUCGUCAGACGACAAGGGCAUUACAUACAACACUUACCGCGCUGUUAUCGUCAGGGGAUCUGCGAAAAUGGAGUGUUUUAUCAGAAUACCAAGUAACUAUCCACUGGAGAUGCCUCUGUGGAUUCUAAAUGUGCACUGGAACGGCUGUCAUACCUCCCAAAACAAUUCGGCAAUCAAGAUGAUGGAGUUCUGGACCAACUCGCUGCAACCGAAGCAGUUGGAGGCCAACGAGCGCAUUCUGUAUGCCCAGCUUUUCCGGACCAUCUACAGCUUUGACAUAUUCCUCGAAACCGAGGGCUCCAUGCAAAGCACCGUCGAGUACAACAAGGAAAAGCCUUACAUAAGUGCCUUUGCCAAACGGAGCCGCUCGCGUCCAUACAAGUAUAUCAAAAAGGGAUCGGUGUAUGCGUUCAAGCAGUGACGGUUCGAAAUCGAAUGUGUUACAAAGCUUCAAUGCAGUUACUAAACAUUUUCACAGUUUCCGUUUAUUACGUUUAGUAAUACAAUAAAUAAGUAACAUUUAAAGCUA